UUCACUCAGAACAGGCCCUGCUCGCAAUCCUCGGGCAGGGCCAGGAGCAGGUGAGAAACAAUUUCGAACGAAAGAGUCGUUGGCCAAUCUUGUUGCGAGAUGGCUGCGGAAGUACACUCACUCGCUUGCUCACUUACUUACACACGACGACGACGACGAUGAAGGUGGGCUAUGGUGGCCUUGAAUGAUCACUCACUCACUCACUUACUCAUUCCAUAAUCAGCUUCACCAUGGCAUUGAAGAAGGCUCACUCAUAGCCAGCCCUACACUCCCCUUCGGUUACCUACACUGGCGCUGCGUUCUGAACUCUACACAUUCGUCGUUUCUUUUUUUCUUUUUUUCUUUUUUAUUUUUUUGCUCUUUAGGGUUUGCGAGUUGCAGGAGGUUUGUUACAGGUGUUGUGUGAGUUGAUGAUCGAGGGGAAGCGUACGAGGACGGGUUUUGGUGAAAGUUAGUGGAGACCAUGACGACUGCGUUGGUGGUGUUGUGGAGUUAUGAGAAGCGGGCGGGAGCACAGGAAGCAGGGGAGUGGAUUUUGUAUGGAGAGAGGCGAGGGUGUGGAGAGAGGCGAGGGUGAGGAUAGAGUAGAGGAGUUGCUUAGAGACUUGUCAACUCAUCCACACGUUGCUUAUAUGUGUUUGAAGGCGGAGAGUUCAGUUAGAGGAAUUUGAAGCAGGUUCGGAGCGACUUGCAGAAAUGGAAAUGAUCCUUGAGAGCAGAGUUUAGUGGUCGUUGGUGUUUGCUCAGCAGUUGUAGGAGGGGGCAGAGCUACGGUUGAAGGUGCUUGCCCUAGGAUUAUGUUGGUGGAUGUGAGGAGGCGUUUCAGAUUUUAGGAAUUUCCUGCGGGAGUUGCUGUGCUGCCUCGUGGAUGACCGCACUGGUUUGUGAGGGGAGGUGGUGGUUCAAAGUUCGUGAAAUUGUGUGAAUUAAGUACAGAGUAUGGUUUUAGGUGUCCGAGUGAGACAUCGAAAUACAUCAAGUGACACUUGUAUGUAGGCGAUGGAGGAAGAGAAGGCUGCGGCAUAUUACAAUGAGCUGCUUAGCAAGGGGAGAAAUGCUGCUAUGUUUAAGCAAGGGCUAGGGUUUGGGAGCAGCUCAAGCAAUGCCCCUGCAGCGAAAUAUGGAAUGAUCAAUUUCGUUGGCGCGGGCAAGGCAGCGGAGACACGCAAGGAGCAGGAAGAGUCUCUUUCUUUCUCCAAACCAGCAGACAGGGAUGAUGAUAGUCGUUCUCGUGAGAUUUUGAAAAGAGGCCCAGAAGAUGGCAGGAGUGAAUCAAAGAGGAGCUCAGAGGAGAGGGAAAAAAUGGAACUUAAGAAGAACAAAUGCAGAUCUAUAAGCCGUUCCAUGGAAAGGCGAGACAGACAUCGGAGUACAAGUAUAGAACGUAGAAGAAGCCCUUCAAAGGAUAGGCUGCACAGUCGACGGGACCGCAGUGGUAGUAGGAUUAGAAGACAUAGAGAAAAUUUGAGAAAUCCUCGGAGGGAGAGAAGUCGACGGGAUCGUAGUGGAAGCAGGCAGCGUUCAAGAAGCCGGUCUAGAGAAAGAAGCCAAAGGCACUACAGAGAUCGAUCAAGAAGCCGGUCCAGGGACAGAAGUGAAAGGUACCAUAGAGACAGGAAGAGUCGAUCACGGAGUACCUCCAAAGGAAGUGGUCAUAGAAGACGAGAUGUACCAAGAAAUAGGUCAAGAGAAAGAAGUCGACAUGACUACAUACACAGUAAAGGCCGGUCGAAAAGUAGAUCAUCUGAAAGAAGGGCUAGGGACCGAAGUCGGGAUGAUGACAGAAAAGACCAACAUAGAUCGGAUUACAGACAAGAAGACAGUCGUUUGAGUCCUAACAGAAGACUGCGGCGAAGUCGAUCAAAUGAAGAAAGACGGAAAGGAAUUAGCAAACGAGUUGAACGGGACCAAGACUGGGCAAAACUGAUUCCAGACUAUGAUUCUCUAACACCGGCAGAGAAAGUGAAAGCUAAGAUGAAAUUGCAACUGUCUCAAACAGUUAUCAAGGAUUCGAGCAAAGGCGUGACAGAAGAGUGGGAGCGCUUUGAUUUUAACAAAGAUGCCCCUUUGGAUGGUGACGCCAAGCAAGAUUAUUUUGGUGAUGGCACUGGAGCAGCAAACGACACUGCCCAGCUCGAUAAUCUUGGAGCUUCUCAUUUGGUCUUUACCGAGCAGGCUAGAAGGGAAGCUCAAUUACAAGCUGCUCAUGAAGCAGCAAUCUUUGGUGCUCCUGUGGUGGAAGAUAAAGGUACCAAGCGACGAUCUACGUGGAGAGUUCGGGAGGACACUGGUCCUAGUAAAGGUUACAGUGGUGUUGAUGACGAUACUCAUGAUAACGCAUCAACUAAAGUGUAUGGGGUGGUCAGUGAACAGAUUAUUGCCCUUCAAACAGGGUCUUCUUGGCAAGACAGAAUCAAGAAGAUGCGGGCUGCUCAAGCACAAGGUGAGAGUUGAGAAGUUGGAGCAAGAGUAGAAUGCUUACCGUGUGUGCUUGAAUGCACUUGGGAAUAACUGGUGAUGGUGAUGUUGUACUUCGCGAUCCCCGAGAAGGAUAAGAGGACCCUCAACAUGGACUUGGCUUUUGAUAACCAAGUUGACUUGCUACUCAAUGUGAGAUCUGAAAGAUGUUACAGUUUCAUGUAUGGAACGAACCAGCAGCAGGUUCUUUGAUUCAUUGAUGUUGCAAGUAUGAAGUGAAAUUUAGAGAUGCAGUUAGGAACUUCUCACGGAUCGGUGAGCUCACCUUAACGGCAUCUUAAUGCCUAGGCCAUUCAAGCUUAUGGUCAAAUGCGGAGGCUUAUGCUAUGAUAAGCAGCAUGAAAUCUUUGGGUGUGUUAUCAAAUGUUCAAAAGCUGUACAGAUGCUUCGAUGAAUCUCAUGAAUAUAUUAAGUGAAUUUUCGAUAGCAUUCUGAGA